UGCUGGGACCGUUUUUGGUCGCUGGGACCCGUACGACCCGGUCGACCAGCUUAAGAUUCGAUCUGAUCCGGAGUGAGGUGCAGGCUUUUUGUUUGUUGGCCGUGCAGGUUUCCUCUAUAAAAUGAGAGCGAUGAGAAGGGGUCAUGGAGUGCAGAACUGCCUUGGACCCGCGUGCUUCUCCUGAUUUCUGCGGUCAUUGACGUGUCAAGCUACGGGAGUGAUGUGGCGUGACCAUCACGUAUACUGCUUGGCACGCACAGGUUGUUUCACUCUGUUUUGUGUAAGACGUAUUUCUGUCUUCUCUUCUGGGUCUCUCGGUUCAAGCGUAGCAUAUAUCUCAAGCCUUUGGUUGCCUUCCAUGUAUUUCAACGCAUUCAACGCUGUGGCACAUCCGAGUCCAUCCUGACCAAGCUUUGACCCAGCUCGGCAGCUCCACCUCCGUUGGGCCCCCGUUGGAAGAACAGCGGAACAGCAGCGCGGAAGAGCGGUGGAAGAACGACUCUGUUCAGGUUGCGUUCUUCAACAAAUGGACCUGUUGGCCGCGGCUGGAGUUCCAGGCCUUGUUGCUUCUAAAGGAUAAAGAACUAGGCUCAGAAGUUUCAGGUGUGAGGCCAUCGCUCUUGGGUUGGAGCCCAUUGCUUUUAGGUUGGAGGCCGUCGCUAGUAGGUUGGAAGAUGUUAGAAGUGUUUGUUUUUUCAGUUCGAUCACCGGGCCAGACACGAUCUCGGGGUGUGACGGCGCACGAUGUUUUCAGCUGCACGCGUUUCUACGGUUUCUACGGCGGUUUCAGCUUCGAGCCAUGAGAAUUCCAGUGCAGCAGAUGAGGAUGUUGGGAGAGCUCUCAGACCUUCGGAGAUGUCUCGUUCCUGUUCUGCUAUCCAGGGCGGAUGAGCGGAUGCGGAGAUGUGACCACAGUUGAAGCGUCUCCUGACACGACCAUCGGCUUCGUUCAAGAGGCAGCCGAAAGGAAUGCACACCUGCGAGUUCAAGCAACGGCUGAAACGGCCAACGUGUGUCGACUGUGACGAUGAGUUGAUCAAAAAGCUCAUCUUGGUCGAAGUGCUGAUGGGUGAAACGCAACUCACUGACGAUGACCAGACGAUCAUGCAAGCCGGACUUUCUCCAGAUGUGGUUUUGCAACAUGCUUCACAGUCCGUUCGCGGAUGAGUGCUCAAGAAAAGAGGAUGCAGGCUGUCCUUUGAGCGUGACUAGUCCAGAUGUGGAGGACUUGUGCAUGGCAAAUAUUCUGGAUGGUGUGACAGCAAUUGCAAAAGAUGCAUUCGCAAACUGCGCACUUGUCGGCCAAGUGACCAUUUCCAACUCAGUGACCAAGAUUGGAGAAGGCGCUUUUGGAGGCUGCUGUUCUUUGACCACUUUGACCAUUCCGGACUCUGUGACUGACAUUGGGCAGUACACCUUCGACAACUGCACCCUUUUAACCAGUUUGACCAUUCCCGACUCUGUCACAGACAUUGGGCCAUACUCCUUUCAUGACUGCAGCUUUUUGACCAGCUUGAUCAUUCCGAAGUUCGUUACCAAGAUUGUGCAAUACACUCACCGUUCAGAACUGCAGCUCUUUGACAAGCUUGACCAUUCCGGACUCUGUGACGGAUAUUGGGCCAUACUCCUUUCAUGGCUGCAGCUCUUUGACCAGUUUGACCAUUCCCGACUCUGUGACCGAGAUUGGAGAAGAUGCUUUUGGAGGCUGCUGCUCUUUGACCACUUUGUCCAUUCCAGAGCGUUUGGCUGCUGUUCGAGGAAUUGCCUUUAUCUGGUCUUAUUCCCAAAGCGGCUUCUUAAUGCUUUGUAUGAGAUAUCUCAGUAGUAGAUAUCUCAUAUAGACUUGAUAUUGAGAAGGCAACCUGAGAGCUGUGUGCAUGCCGGAUGGACGGUCGCGUGAAUCGGAUCUCUGACUUGCUGGUUCUUCUACCCAAACUGACUGAAGGCGAUGCAGGCCGAGAAGGC